GGAUCGCACCCGCCGCCGCGGGGCCGGACCGGUGGCGCCGGGCGGGCCUACAACUCCCGGCGGGCCGUGCUGUGCGCUCCGCCCCGUACCGCAGCGGCGGGCGGGCCCCGCUCCCGCUCCCGGCCCCGCUCCCGGUGCAGGUGGCCGGGCCGCAGCGGACGCGCCGGAGCCCGGCCGCGAUGCUGCGUCUGGCUGCUUUUGCAGCACUGCUGCUGUUCUUCAGGGUCAGUCUGGAGCUGUCCUGGGCCCAGGCCAUCCCUGCUCUCUUCAUCUUCUACCUGGGAUCCGGUGGAUGGGACUUCUUCCUCAUAUUCAUCAAGACAAUACGAAGGGACGUCACCACGGGGCUGGUCCUCUUGCGGGUGAAGUGGCAAGUAUGGAGGCACGUGAGGGAGAAGAACACAAUUGCCAAGAUCUUCCAGAAGACUGCGAGCAAGUAUCCAGAGAAGACAGCGCUGAUCUUCCAAGGCACGGGCGAGAGCUGGACCUUCCGGCAGCUGGAUGAGUACUCCAACCAAGUGGCCAAUUUCUUCUACAGCCAAGGCUUCCGCUCUGGUGACGUGGUGGCUCUUUUCAUGGAGUCCCGCAAUCAGUACGUGGGGCUGUGGCUCGGCUUGGCCAAGAUUGGGGUGGAGACCGCCCUUGUGAAUUCCCACCUGCGCAUGGAGGCCUUGCUGCACUGCAUCACCAUCUCCAACUCCAAGGCUGUGGUUUUUGGGGUGGAGAUGAUGGAAGCAAUGCAGGAAGUGCAGCCCUCCCUGGAGAAAUCUAUCCAUCUGUUCUGGUCCGGGGAAGCAAGCUCUGAGUCCGCACUUCCUGGUGCGAAACACCUGGACCCCCUCCUGCAGACGGCCCAGCGGCACCAGCCAACCCCCCCUGAUAAGGGCUUUCUUGAUAAACUCUUCUACAUCUACACCUCUGGCACAACAGGGCUGCCCAAGGCUGCCAUUGUGGUGAACUGCCGGUACUUCCGCAUGUCCAGCUUAGUUUUUUACGGUUUCCGCAUGAGGCCCGACGAUGUGAUGUACGACUGCCUCCCGCUCUACCAUGCUGCAGGGAACAUCGUGGGGGUCGGGCAGUGCCUGCUGCAGGGCAUGACGAUUAUCAUCCGCAAGAAGUUCUCAGCCUCGCACUUUUGGGAGGACUGCGUGAAAUACAACUGCACGAUUGUGCAGUACAUCGGGGAGAUCUGCCGCUACCUGCUGAACCAGCCAUACCAGGAGGUGGAGCGGCAGCACCGGGUGCGCAUGGCACUGGGCAACGGGCUGCGUGCCUCCAUCUGGCGGGAGUUCAUGGCCCGCUUUGGCAUCGCCCAGGUGGCCGAGUUCUAUGGGGCCACCGAGUGCAACUGCAGCCUGGGAAAUUUCGACAACAAUAUUGGGUCAUGCGGCUUCAACAGCAGGAUCCUACCAGGUGUGUACCCUAUCGCCUUGGUACGGGUGGAUGAAGACACCAUGGACCUGAUCCGGGGGCCGGAUGGUGUCUGUAUCCGCUGCAAACCAGGGGAGCCGGGACAGCUGGUGGGCCGCAUUGUCAAGAGCAACCCCUUGCAGCACUUUGAUGGCUACCUGAAUCAGUCAGCCACCAACAAGAAAAUUGCCAAGGACGUGUUUACAAAAGGGGAUGCUGCCUAUCUCACAGGGGAUGUCCUGGUGAUGGACAAAUAUGGCUACAUGUACUUCCGGGACCGCACUGGGGACACGUUCCGCUGGAAGGGGGAGAACGUUUCCACCACAGAGGUGGAGGGGACGCUGAGCCGCAUCCUCAACCUAACGGACGUGGUAGUUUAUGGGGUGGAGAUCCCAGGGAUUGAAGGGAAGGCAGGAAUGGCAGCCAUUGUUGACCCGGAGAACUCCUGUGACUUGGAAGGCUUUGCUAGCGAGCUGAAAAAGGCCCUUCCACUGUACGCGCGGCCUGUCUUCCUGCGGUUCCUGCAUGAAGUCUCCAAGACAAGCACUUACAAGUUCCAGAAGAUGGAGCUGCGGAAGCAGGGCUUUGACCCUGCGCUGGUGAAGGACAGGUUGUACUUCCUGGACUCCAGGCAAGGCCGCUACCUGCAGCUGGAUGAGGCAGCAUUCAGCAGGAUCCAGUCGGGACAGCAGAAGCUGUAACUGGUGGGACUCAAGCAAGACACCUCCCCAAAUCCUGCUGGGGAGAGAGGGGCAAGGCAGACGCUGGGGAAGAAAAGGUUCAAGGAGCGAUAUAAAGGCAUGCUAGAGAUUUUAUUUGAUGAGUUUUACAGAUAAUGGUUUGGGGGGAACAUGGGGGACCGAGGGGAGGGAGAUGGUUACAUACCAAAGCAUAGACUCAUUAUGGCUUUAUUUUCUACUUGGUACAGCGGUGGUGGUCCUGUGCCACAGGAGGGGCAGUGCCCUGGCCAGUUGAGUAGGGAUGGGGUGCCCCUGCCAUUCCACUUUGCUUUUCCUGUCUUUCCCUCCCUUUUCCUGCCUGCAGCAACCCUUCCUUGUGAAGGCCAUGAAGGGACCAGUGCUGGGCUCUUUCCCCACUCCUCCACCAAGAAGCCAGCUCCUCCUUGGCACAGGGCCCCUGCUGGCAGAGGGAAGCUGGGUGCCAGGCGCAAGCCCUGCCCCCUGCAUGGACCGCUGGUGUUGUGUUUCUGCUGUGAAUCAGGGGAGCAGGGUAGUGCUGGGUUCGGGAGAGGAACAGGGACGUGUUUCUGCCAUGCCUUGCUCUCUCCUGGGGAUGACAUUUCUAUUUUUCACAAUCACACGCACAUUAUAUUAUAUUAUAUAUAUAUAUAUUAUACACGCUGACUUUUUUUUUUUCAAUCUUAAUUUAUUGUCUGUACUUCUGAAUGUGUCCUGGGUUUGUGCAGUAGGUGGAGGAGCAGCCCAGACCUGUCCUGUCUCGGAGAGCCCUUUCUCUCGCAAGGAGAUGGGACGCUCGUCUGGGACUGAUUCUCCUCUUCCAGUGUGGGUGCAGCCAUGUAUGUCCUUGUGGCCUUGCUCCAUGGUGAAGGACAUGAGCAAACCCCGCUAUCUUGUGGACACUUCUCUGGGUCUCUUACUUCUACGUUUUGUGGAUGCAGCCUUGUUUCAUGCACCUUCUUCCUUGCAUAAAGCAGGUGGUAGAGUGGGAAUGAUGCUCUCAGGGCUUUCCUGCUGCAAUGUCUGUGCCCUGAACGUGGGAGGCAACUUGCCUAGGGGAGAGAAAGUCCUCAGGAGGGUGGUCUCUGUGAGAGCCUAACUUCACAUGCUCUGCAUCUCUUCCCACAAGAGCGCUCCCUGUCUCCACUGCAGCAGACAGGCCCUGAACUGAAAUGUCCAUGUUAAACACCUGACUUGUGCUAUGUGAAUUCCCCGCGAUGUGUCUGAUGUGAAACAGCCUUAGCAGCAAUGUCUGAUUCCAGUCCUUGGAGACCAUGCAGAAACGUCUGUUCCAGAGGAAACUCUGGAUUGGGGGUUAUUCUUCUUCUUUUUUUAUGAUUUGUUUUUAUGCUUUUAGCAGGGUUACUCCUUAAAAUGACGUCUGUCUUUUGUGAGGGCAGGGUGUGUCUGCUCUUCUAGCUGUGCUUCCACACCAACGUACCUGCCUGCCCCAGUCUGUCCUGUCCUUACAAUUAAAUGCGAGUAUGGGCUAUGCUGGAGUUUCCUACCUGUUCCUUGCGCAGUCCUGCUGUGUGUGGGGAGGCAGGGGAAUGUGCCAGUUUGGGAACUAGGAACUGCCACUCCAGAGCAUGACCUCCCUGUGCAGACUUCAGCUCAUCUCGGAGCAGGGGGAAGCAAGCCCCUUGCUGCUGGGUUUGAUGACUGUGAAAACAACCUCUUGAUGAGACCCUCCCCUGGCCCUUCCACCGAAUCCCCGCUCCCCCUUUCUCCUGGUCCUGUUCUCAGCAUUGCCAUCCCAGUUGGUCCUGGCCCAGUUCUCCCUGUUUACCCUGGCACAUCUGGCUCCUCCACCCCUCUCCUGUUGCCUCUUUCCUCUUCCUGCUGCUUCCUCUCUCCAUGUUUGGCCGUGCUUAACCUCCCAGCUCAUUUCUGCCCUUGCAGACCUGUUUUUCGGUACCCAUUCCCCUUCCCUUACUGCCAGAACCGUCUUUUAGACCCUCUACAUCCAACCUUGGGGACAGGAGAAACCAGCUCCUCCUUGGUAUGCAGGUACAGGGAGAAAUGUCUUGCAUGAGCCUGGGUGGAGUGUGUUGCCUGGCAAGAUGCACCAUGGGAAAAGUGCUGGAAAUUUGCAUCCAUUAUGUACCAUAUGCACCUUCAGGCAUGCUCAAAUUGAUGGCUUCUCCAGCAUCUCAAACUAGAAUUAAAGCUUUUAGCUUAUUCAGUCCCCUGGACGCAGUGACUCUAGGCAAGGCCCAGCUCGGAGCUGCAGCUGGCCCUCUCUGCAGCCAGCUCCAGGUGGGGCCAGGUGAGGACGGGGGGAGCACGGGGUGGCAGAGCAGCAUGGUCCGACACUGCUUCUGGGGCAGCCUCUGUCCCAAAGCACCCCCCCCAGCUUGGUGGAAAACAGGUCUUGUCCCCACAGUCCUGCAGUGCCUGUGGGGUUCAGCCUUCAAACAAGGUGGCUUUGCCUGCAGGGGUCAUAUUUAGGGCCCUGGGGAUGUCCCCCGGCCUCAGGGGGCUGGUGCAGGGUGUGCAGUGAUGGCUGCUGCCUCCGCAGAUGCUCCGGUCCCACUUUCGGACGCUGUUCCUCUCGCAGCCACCGGUGGAGGGCGGGCUGGGCUUGGCAAACAUCUCACCUCGGGGGGGGACCUAUUUAGGGGCUCCCCUGGGGUCUUGCAGCCCCCCCAGGGGGCUCAGAGCCCUGGCAAGCAGUGGGGGGCACAGGGCGUUGGGAGCAGGAGGGGUUAACCCAUGCAGGGGACAGGUCAGACCCUGUCUGAGGUGGAGAGGAAAUUUCAGGUACAGACCAGUGUGAGGCCAGCGGCAUUCCCAGGCACUGGCAUUCCCCUCUGCUCGGGAGGUGCCUGGCAGGGACUUCAGCAGCACUAAGGUCACCUCGUUGUGCCAGACGGGUGGUGGGCAGCAACCUGAACCACCCGCCCUCACCCAGCCCUCUGCUAAAGGGAACUGGUGAAGGCUUGACCCCCCCCAAAGUCAGCCCUGGGGGCUGUUGUCUGGAGAUGGACGGUUUGAAGGAUACAGGAGCGCUGCUCUCCCUUCCUGGAGGAGAUGGCUGUGCUGCCCUGCACACAAUGCUGCUCUGAAAGAAGAGGGGCUGAAGGGCAAGGCUCAGCGCUGUGUUUCUGUCUGUCUGAGAGCAGGUUAGAUUAAAAAAGCCAAGUGAAUUCUGCAUUCAGGGCACUUGCUGCCUGUUAAACGCAGAUGCAAAUAGCUUUGGAAGCUUGUGGAAGUAUGGCUGUUAUUUAUUUGCAAGUAAGCCCAUCCAAGUGGAGACCAGCUUGUAUUGUUGAGUUUUGGAGAUGGAUGGGGAUUAUAGGCACAGCUGAGGCCUGUGCAAGGAGCAGGAUUUAGCCCUUGCCAGUGCUGACACAACCGAGGGGCUGGGACCUGGCUGGAGCACAGCAGGGAGCUCAUCCUGCGCACUGCAUUCCUGGCCAGCUGCGAAGGGGAGGAAGGUCAUAGUUGCAGGGUGCAGGCGAGAGGAGCAGGAUGGGGGCCCCCUCGAGGUGAGAGCUCCUGUUCUGGGGAGAUGGGGGUGCUGAAUGACUGGGAAACAGCUUGGCAAAUGGCACGAGGGGCUGUGAUACACAGGCCUUUGGUAGAGGGCACCUGCAGAGCUCAGCGGUACCGAUGGAGCGUGGUGCUGUGCCAAAGGGCUGGGGCACGCACGUACCACGUACGCACGCCUCUGUGCUGGGGUUUCCCAGGGAGAAGGGAGCCCCGUGAAGGUGUGAGUUACUCUAUAAGGAGCCACCCUGCCCGGUGAUGCUGACAGCGCUGUGGCAUUGCAAGGGUUAAAAGUAGCAUCUCUGGUGCCCGCUGGAGAUCUGGUGGCUGGGGACAAGUCACCAUUUGGGCUGUGUUUGUCCUUACUGAGGAGGGUUGUGUCGCACUUGGCAAUGCUUCGAGACUCCCUGCAAAACCCAGCUACACCAAUUAGGGUUUUUCCGCUGGCUGUCAGCUUUGGGUUGAAAUCCUGGGGCCUUUUUAAAGUUCCAGCUCCUCCAGAAAAACGAAGCCUAGGUGCAAGCGUCCCUGAAACUCUCAUCCCAGGAGUGCAAGUGUGGUACUGAGCCCCAGAUCAAUGCAGGGACAAAAUGCUUCCAGGAGAGAGGUGUUUGGAGAGAAGCAGCCAGUGCUUAAUCAUAGUCUGAUUUUUUUUUAUUCUAUUUUUAUUUGUGCGAUUUUAAGGAAAAGCUAAUUGAAUCCUCUUUCUAUGAUUAGAGACACCUUGCAAGACUUCUCUCUCUCCUUUGAUCAAUAAGCUAAAGUCUGGCUCAACAGCUGCAUAUAGAUAAAAGUACAAUAUAUAAAGUAUGAGGUAUUACUCUUUUUUAAUUAAAAUACUUUAAAAGCUGUUUGCAUGAGGUUAAGAAAACAUUAAAAUCCUUUCCUGGGUUAUUAUUAGCCUAUUAAUUUAAGCAAAGCCAAAGAUCUUUACAAACCAAAUGUACUUUUCACCAUGGAGAUGGCUGCUUCUCCCAGACCCUGCAUCCUGGACAGUGACAAUAAUAUUAAGAAAAAUAAUGCUGUGACUUUCUCUCUGAUCAGCAUCUCUUUCCACCUCUAGGUCCAACUCAGCCAGGUCAAGCUUGCUGUGCAAAAUUGCAGUGUUUUUUGCCUAAAUGCAGGCAGGGGCUUUGCAAGCUGCUCAGGACCUUUCUGGGUGAAAUUAAUUUCUGCUGCUGGAAAAGUCUGUGAUAAUCUUUAACACUGCAUCUCUCCAGCCUCCUCCUGCCACUCUUGACGUGCUGGAGUCUUCCCAGACAAUGACAGCUGCCCUCUCCUCCGUGCGCUGGCGAGCUAGCUUUGCCUUUAAGCAGCGACAGGGAAAUAUUCUGCACUAAAGAGAGGCCUAUCCUUUGGUGCACUCUUUAGAAAUGGAAAUAUGCGAUUCCCCUGAGUAGUUCCAGUGUAACCAGGAGCAGGGCCAGGGAUGGCUUCUCCCUCUCAGUUUGAAGGGGCUGAGUUGCAGGAGAUUCCACUAAAAUGAUGGUCUGUGGAAAACGCCUGUCUCUUGUCAUCCUUCGUGCGGAGGGAAGGGAUGGCAGCUUUCCUCCUUAAAGCAGAAAGGCCUCACUAGGGAGGCAAAUGUCAUCAGGGCUGUUUGCUGCUUAGCUCCUGAACAGCACGGGAUGGCUGGGCUGUGCAGCAGGGUGAGGCUGGGGGAGCUGGGGACGGGUCCUGCUCUGCUCUUUUUGAGCCUGGCCCAUUUCAGUGGCAAAUCCAGCCUUCAAAAAUAACCCAGGGUUUGACCCUCUUUUCUCCUGGUUAAUUAAAAAUCCUGCCUGUAGACACAAAUGAUGCCAGUCCAGGCUCUGGGAGAGUGUUGGGCGGUUGGAGUUGUGCGGUACAGGCUGGCAACCUCGGGAAUCGCAGGUGAUGGUGACUCUGAGGCCAGGACAUCCCCCUGCUUGGGAGGGCAUCGUUGCUCAGAUCUCCCCAGAUCCCUCACCAAAUGAUCCCAGGCUUGUGAAGUGGGAUACAACCCCUGCUAUGCAACAUCCCCCUCAUCGGUAUGGCCCUGCCUUCCUCUAGCCCCAUCCUCGAGGGUGCUGAGCAGCCCUCCCCAGGGACACCAGCAUCUUGCCAGCCUGAGCAGGACUUGGGGUCUGAUCUUGCCCUGGAGGUGACACCUCCCACGACCUGCACAGAGCCCUGCACACCCCCAGCGCCGUGCCAGCGGGGCCAAGGAAGCAAUGGUGGCCAGAGCAUCCCUCCUGGCCUCUGGCCAUCCAAGUGGCCUCCGGCUCGGCCGCAGGAAGAGGCUAACAGCGGCGGGCGGGCCACCUCCUCAGCUUUGAGUAUCACUUUCAGCUAUUCUGAAGGUUAAACGCCUGUUUAGAGCUCCCUAUUGAAGGUAGAGCCGGGGGUGCGGCAUUGUUCCGACGCCCUCUCGCUUUGUCUGGCCGCUUUCAGGGAUGCCCUGAAUGGGAAGCGGCCCCCCCAGCCCAGCACCCCGGCAGAAGGGCUCCUGGGGGAGAGGCGCUUCCUCCCGCCCUAAUGACAUUCAGGCCUCCAUCGGUUCAGCUCCCGCUUUCUUUCUGCUGCAGUUUAACCCGGGCACAGAGGCCGGGCUCCAUCUUACUGAUCUCUGCUUGACACCCAAUUACCACAUGAAUGGGAGAGAAAGGCUGCAAAAGGCUUUAACUCCCACUGACCCUCCUUCCCCUCUGCCUGCUUCCCCCUCUCCCCGUCCUACCCCCUCGCCUUUCUCCGACGGAGGGAGUUCAAAACUGAGACGGGGAAAUCAAACAAAGCCCCGAGUAAGGAAACCCAUUGUCACCGCCUCCGCGAUGGCUCCCCUUUCGCCAGCUAUUGUUCCCCUUGAAGUUUGACUUGCUGUGUGGAAGGAUGCGAGCAGCUGUUUGCGCAUUCCCCUGAUGUUUUAUUGAAAAAUAAUUGAAUCGUCAGUUUGGGGCUCUCUGAUAAAAUGUUUCCUUGUAGCGCCGGGCCCUGUCGUAUUUAUAAACUAUGUUUCUCUGUAAAAUGUGAUGGCGACUUAAACUGUUUCCUCCAGAAUAAACCCUUGGUGGAGGGACGGAGGCAUGGCCCUUCUGCGCUUAAGGGGAGAGAAAAAGCGUGCAAAUGGCAGGGAAAAAAAAAAAAAAAAAGCCAGGACUGAGACAAAAGAAAUUAAACC